UUGAGAUGUCGCGCUGGUGCAGGGGGAGCCGUGCCCGGGCUGAAGUGUGCCUAAUCGCUCUCUUCCCAGGAAGCGUGGCGUUGUGCAGCGAUUCCCUCCGAUGUGAACGCAGUGUCCCCUGUGGGAUGCGGUAGGUGAUGCCCAGCUCUACUGCAAUGGCAAUUGGAGCUCUCUCCAGUUCUCUCCUGGUAACCUGCUGCCUCAUGGUUGCCCUCUGUAGCUCCACCAUACCCGUGCAAAAACUGGCCAAGGCUCAAGACAAACAGGAGAUAAAAGCCAGCCAGGAAAAGAGGGAUCACACGUCAACAAGGGACGGUCAGACGGGCCCCGGGAAAAUGAAUGAAAUCGGCAGGAGCGGGAGGGAGGAGGGCGCCAGAGAUUGGAAGAGCAAAGGAAACAGGAACUACUCAAACAAGGAGUCUUGGACUAAGCAGAAACAGGCUUGGAAUAGCCAGGGCACGGGCAGUAAAUCCGGGAGCGUUCAAGUGCAGGAGCAAAGGGACGCCGCUGCUGAGGAACCUCAGGUGGCUGAAGAUGCGUCCCUGCCCGAGGCCAUGGCCAGCGUUACCCCCGAGCCCCCGGAGGAGUACGCCUACCCGGACUACCGCGGCAAAGGCUGCGUGGACGAGAGCGGCUUUGUGUAUGCCAUCGGGGAGAAGUUUGCGCCGGGGCCCUCCGCCUGCCCCUGCCUGUGCACGGAAGAGGGGCCGCUGUGCAUCCAGCCCGAGUGCCCCCGGCUGCACCCGCGCUGCGUCCAUGUGGACACCACGCAGUGCUGCCCCCAGUGCAAGGAGAGGAAGAACUACUGCGAGUUUCGGGGGAAAACCUACCAGACCCUAGAGGAAUUCAUGGUUUCUCCGUGUGAGAAAUGUCGCUGUGAAGCCAAUGGUGAAGUGCUGUGCACUGUGUCAGCUUGUCCCCAGACCGAGUGUGUGGAUCCAGUAUACGAACCUGAUCAGUGUUGCCCCAUCUGCAAAAAUGGCCCGAACUGCUUUGCAGAAACCAUUGUCAUUCCAGCAGGCCGAGAGGUGAAAACUGAUGAAUGCACUAUAUGUCACUGUACUUAUGAAGAAGGCACUUGGAGAAUUGAACGACAAGCUAUGUGCACUAGACAUGAAUGCAAACAGAUAUAAGAUAUCUACAAAUCACAGUACUUUGGGUUUUUUUUAUAAAAUAUCUCAGAGCGGUGAGCACCCUAGAUGACCCGGAGAAAUCUGAACAUGAAGAUUUCGGUGAGGAGCAGAGACUAGCAUAUUGGUAUUUUGCUUUUCAUAGUAACAUAAUACUGCAAAGCAAAGAAGUGCAUAUAUUUAAAAAGUCUGGACAUAAAGAAUACUUGUCUUAAUAAAUGUGUUUUAUUUUCACAGUGAGUACCCUAAAUGCACUCUAUCAAAUAGUCUAUGUAUUUCUAUAAUAGCAUUAUAGAGCUUAAAAAUAAAUGUUUUAUAUAGACAAAACAGAUUAAAUUACUGUA